AAAAUUGGGUACCAGAUUCAAACCGUAAAAAUCACACUCACUUAUAUUUUUUGGCCGAGUAACAUAUAUACAUAUACUGAAGCAAAUAAGAAAACAAGUCAUAAAACAUAAUGAGCGAUGAACAAUUUCCGCAUUUUCAGCCUUGGUUGUCCGAGGAAAAUGAUGAAAUCUCUUGUGAUGUGACUGUAGAUCGACCAAUGUCACCACCACCAGAAGAAAUUGUGGAGGCUAUGGAAAUGGUUGAAGACCCGCCUUCAUUACCAGAACAGAGAAGGGCUAUAUCUGGUAAACAUGUGAUCACCUGUCGCAAUUGCGGAAAUCCUCUGAUCUGUUUCCCGGUUCGCACCAGAUACUAUACUUGCGCCGAGGUCGAUGGCCAACUUUUUAAAGUCAAACAGAUUAGUGCCAAAGUGGCACUGAAUUAUAUCCUGAAAAAACACACGAAACGGGCGCCCUCAAAAAAAAAAAUAGUUAAGUGUUAAAUUAAUGAUACAAGAACAAAAUUUACCAAAGGUCGACCUUCGCCAAAAAAAAAUUUUAUGUUAAAAUAAUUUUGAAAGGUACACAGAGAAAAUAAAAAACCCAAAACUAGUCA